AUGCUGAGGGGAAUGGUGAAGCAGGCAGACAUUGAUUAUGAGCCAGCAUUGACCGCUAAAAAGAAGGCCGAGACGACCUCUGGUGCUGCCUCUUUUCCUACUGCUGCUGGUCCUCCUCCCAAGAAGCAAAAGACUGUUAGGACUUAUAACCUUAAUGACAAAGAAUUUGAUGGUGUGGCUUUUGCCACAGAAUUGAUUGCUCCUCAUAGGAAAGUCCCUCUGGACGACAUUUCGAUCCUUCACCACCUUGACUUCAUAACGAGCAAUAGCAUUCGGAUGGCCAAUAUUGGUGCGGCCUUAUCUCGAGUUAUCCAGGAGUCUCCGGUUCAUGCUACCAGAGCUUUUAUGGAAGAUGCUAAGUCUGGAUAUGAUAGGAUUAAGACUUUGAAAGAUGAGCUGGAUGCCAAGGUGGCUGAAUUGGAGCUUGAUGUAGAAAAGGAAAAGGAUCGGGCUACUGUGGCAGAGGCAGCUGCUAAUCUAUCCGAGGAGGAUGCUAAGAAGUAUAAGCAGAGCUAUACUUGGACCUAUGGUGAGCUAUUGGAGGCUAAGGAGAGGCUUCAAUCUGCCCAAGAUGAUUAUGCCGAGCUUCAGGGCCAUAUGGUGAGCAAUAUGACCGAGAUGUAUGAAAAUCUAAAGGAACAAGUCCGUGUUCUUGCUCCCGAGCUCGACUUCUUCUUACUUAGUAUGCACAAUGUGGUGGAGGAUGGCAAGAUCGUGCCUGUCCCAGAUGAUGAAGAUGAAGAUCCUCCUCUUGUGCCACCACCUAAGGCUUCCUCAGCUUCCACUACUGCAGCUCCUUCUGGCGAGGUGGUCCCACCUGAGCCCGAGCCUGACGUGGAGAUUCUGAACGGGCUGGAUGGAGUUGUCAAUGCUACCCCAAUCUCGACCAUGCCUCCUUCUCCUAAGGGUGCCGCUGCUGACGCGACUUUAGAUCCUUGA